AUGGAUAUCGAAACACCAACACCCGAGAUGUCCUCAUCGAUAGAGACCGGAAGUCCUCCUAGUAAAGAAGAGAAGAUGGAUGUACCAAUUGAAAAGAAAUCACUUUCUUUCAUGUUGGCGUAUGGUUCUGUGAUGGCAAGUGCCUUUAUUUCUACCAUGGAUACUGUAAUUGUCGCGACUGCGCUGCCUGCGAUAGCACAGGGAUUGAAUGCGCGUUCCAACGAGGCGUACUGGCUUGGAUCGGGAUUUCUUUUCGCUCAGGCAGUGAGCCAGCCACUGUAUGGUACUUUGUCUGGAGUUUUUGGAAGAAAAUCAUGUUUUCUGUUCGCUAUGAUCGUCUUUACGAUUGCAAGUCUUUUCUGUGCAACGGCUCAGAGUAUUGAGUGGUUGAUUGCCGCUAGGGUGUUCCAAGGCAUCGGCGCUGGUGGAAUAAAUGCAUGCGGAAGCAUGAUUAUCACUGACAUGGUUUCGUUGAGAGAGCGAGCCAAAUACAUCGGUAUCUUGUCUCUUGCUUCAGCCAUUGGCCUAGUAUCAGGCAUCAUGAUGGGUGCAGGUAUCGCAGGGAGAGCUUCAUGGAGAAUAAUCUUCUACAUUAACCUCCCACUCUGUGUUCCAGCUAUAGCUGGAAUCUAUUUCUUCAUCCAUCUUGAGACUGGGCCUCUCUCUGUUUUGGAAAAGCUUAAACGUGUGGAUUGGGUCGGCGUAGUCGUAUUGACUGGUUCCCUGAUAUCCCUGCUUUAUGGAAUCACCAGCGGUGGUGUCAUACAUCCAUGGGACUCGGGGCGGGUGAUCGCAAGUAUUGUAAUCGCUGCUUUCGGCCUAACAGUAUUCCUUUUCUACGAGCAUAAAUACGCUAAAGAACCGAUGAUACCGCUUCGAAUUUUCGCUAGUCGGACAGCUGCUGCUGCAUUUGUUGCAUCGUUCAGUUUGGGGUUCGAUCUUUGGGCCAUGCAAUACUAUUUAAUUCAAUAUUUCCUUGUUACCAAGCGGCGCUCUCUGGUUGGCGCCGGUGUGUCAAUUCUUCCCGGAACUGUUUUGGUACCUUUCAUGGCUGUGGCUGGUGGUCUACUCAUAACCAAACUCCAAAAGUUCAAAGCAGUAAAUACUGCUGCUUGGUUCUUCACGACGCUUGGUUUUGCGCUGAUGACUCAACUCAAGAUUGACUCUAAUAAAGGUGUUCAAUAUGGAUUUCAAAUCGUGUACGCCUUCGGGGCAGGAGUGCUUUUCCCAGGAAGGACAUGCGCAGUUCAAGCUUGCCAGACAGAUGAUGAUGUUCCAAUGGCCACAGCACUAGUAUCUUUUGUUUUGAGUCUCGGUCAAUCCUUCGGGGUCGGUAUCGGUGGUGUGGUAUUUCAAAACCAAUGGAACAAGCACACCCAAAAGUCGAUAUUGGCUGGCAGCAUUCCACCCCAAUAUGUCCUCUCAUACCGACAAGCGGAGCAAGCUUUCGAACUGAUUAAACCCUUCCCACCGUCCGUUCAAGUUGUAUAUCGUAUAAUAAUGGCUGAUGUUAUCGAUGCGAUAUUUAUUGUCAUUGCUGCUUUUGCAGGGCUGGCGCUUUUGACGAGUCUGGUUUCGAGAGACUUGAGUCUGGACAGGGAUACGAGGAGCGCGCAGCAGUUUAAGGAGAAGAGGAAGUCGAAGAAGGGAGAUGGAGUAGUGAUGAUAUCUGCAUUGGAAGAGAAAGUCGUCUAA